AUGAAGUUCUGCGUGUCGCUGGCGCUGCUCGCGUUCGCGUGUGCCGUUCUGGCCACCGACGAUAUCGACUGGUCGAAGGUACGCCCGAUGACCCGUAUGCCACAGUUCUGGCGCCGCCUGCCGAAGGAUAUUCUGAAGCAGUACCUCACCGAGAUGCGCAACAUGCCGGCCAACACGCGCGCCAACUCGCGCAUCGUGAAUGGCGAAAUCGCGGCGGAAGGUCAGUUCGCCUAUCAGAUCGCCAUGCUGAGCAACUUCGCCACCGGCACUGGUUUGUGUGGAGGAUCCGUGCUGAGCCCGAACUACGUUCUUACGGCCGCCCACUGCGUCGAGGAUGCGACCGGUGGUCUGGUGAUCUACGGAGCCCACGAUCGCACGAACGCCGCCGAACCGAGCCAGGUUCGCAUCGCGUUCGAAGCGUCCGGCAUUAAUCUGCACCCGAACUGGAAUCCGGCCCUAAUCCGGUACGAUAUUGCUACGGUGCGCGUCGUGUCGCCGGUCACCUACAGCGCCCGCAUCCAGCCCGUCACCCUGCCCACGCUCAGCGAUGUGGGCAACGAUUUUGCCGGCCUCAUCGGUACGGUGUCCGGCUUCGGGCGCUUCUCGGACUCGAUCGCCGAAGCGUCGACCGUGCUGCGGUACGUGAACAACCCGAUCCAGACCAAUCUGGCCUGCUCGAUCCGCUUCCCGGGCGUCGUGCAGCCGGAAAACAUUUGCCUCUCGGGUGACGGCGGUCGGGGCGCGUGUCAGGGUGAUUCCGGCGGUCCGCUCACGAUCCAGCGCGGUGGCACCACCGUCCAGCUGGGCGUCGUAUCGUUCGGACUGGCACUCGGCUGCGAGCUCAACUGGCCGUCCGUGUUUGCCCGCACCACGUCCUUCCUCACCUGGAUCGGGGCCAACUCCGACGUCACGCUGCUCCCAUAG